UCGAGUGUGUUUAAUGUUUUCCCAAAGAAGGUGUGUGAUUCCUGCGAAUCGCCUGAACACAUUGCAGUAAUCGACAAACCAGGCUAAACAACCGCGUAAGAGUUUUAUGAUAAACGUGUAGCUACACGGUGGAAAUGCACUUUUUCUCAAUCUCUCUAACAGAUGUGAUGGCAUGGUUAAUCUUGCUAACUCACUCUUUGAAGGAAACAAUCAACUUAUUGCAGAUAGUAUCAAUAAGUUUUUUUUAAAAUUCUAUUACGAAAUAUUACCGGCCUAUUAAUUGUUUUUAACCUGUAAAUGCACCUUUACCAGACCAUCAAAUAAUCCAGUAGAUGCAGUUAAGCAGGCUCUCCAGAAUUAAACGCAACAAAGCACCAGGGCCAGAUCAAAUUCCAAAUUGGAUCCUCAAAGAGAAAUCAUUAGCUAGACCAUGGCUAGGCCUGUGUGUGCUAUCAUUAAUUCCAGCCUGCGGGAAGGUAUUGUUACCCAAAGUGUAUUGAAACUGAUUUACAACAAUAUGAAAUAAAUGUUAAGAAAAGUAAGGAAUUUACAUUCGUUAUCUGGUUAAUGAGCUUUCCUUAAAGAGAUUUCAUUUUAUUUUGCUGCACAUAGUGAUAACCAUCGGCACACAUGCAAUAUUAUGAAUUUGUGGAGAUGUGUUCAUUUCCGAAAAAUGCUUGCUUGCUUGCGGGUUUACGGGAGGUGGUCCCGAUUUCCAGGACGUCGUCCCGAUUUCCGGGACACUCCGAGAGUUCAGGGUGACUUGGGACAACUGACGUUUGACAUGUUUGGCCUAGGUAAACUGCUCGGGGCAGAUAUUGCAUGUAACACCAUAAUAUGGGGUUGGAUAAAAAAUGUACAGCUGUAAGUGCCUGUAAUUUUGACAGAGUGAUAGUUCCUAUGAGUAUGUCACUAGAGUCAACGAGUCUAUAGAGUUCGCAAGUUUUAGCAUUGCAUGGAAUUAUCAUUAUUGUUGAAUUUGCUUCUGAUUAUCUGUUUUUCAGAUUGGGUGAUUGUUGUUUAUAACGAUACCACCAAAUCUAAAAGAUACAACCCGUAUUUGCUCCAAUCAUCCAAUACUGUCGAUAGAGACAAACAUCUUUCAGACCUCGCUCCUACAUUAACCAGCCUCAAAUACAACCGUAACAUCAGAGAGACAAAUGGAAAAGCCAACAGUAUCCCUAGCAAAGACUUGCUUACCUUCAAAAUUAAGACGCCUACUGACCGCAUACCUUUCACUAACUUAUUAUCCUGUACUCAAACCUAUAAAACAGAUAAUUGUCAACCUACAACCAUUACUGCAAGAUGAUCUUUUACAGGAUAAGCCUAUAUUUACAGAUAUUUAAACAUCUUAUCCUUCAUAAACAACCAUCCAAUUAAAAAAACAAAACAAAAAACAGUAAGAAUUGUAUGUCUGGUGGUCCGAAAAUACGUCAGAAUUCCUGCUGUCAUAACGAUUCCUAUAAAAACGUUACGAUGAAUGAUACCAUUGAAAAUUCAGACUACACUGUUUUCUGGAAAAAUUGCAAAUUUUAUACUGACUUCGACAAAGUUAUAAUUACUAUUAUUAUGCCAAUUAUUGUCACCAUAGGCAUCAUUGGAAACAUAAUGACAAUUAUCGUGAUAGCCAGUAAAAAGUGCAUGCACACACCUGUUAACGUUUACUUUGCAAAUUUGGCGAUAGCUGACACGUUAUACCUAAUAGUGGGGCCUGAUUUGAUCUGGAACUCUUAUCGUAAUAGUCCGAUACAUAAUUGGAAUGACAUUGGGGAAGAGAUGAAUUGGUUUUGUCCGCUACAAAAAUUCAUCACUGAAACAGCGUUAACAGUGGCACUCUUCACCGUCUUUUGGCUGUCCGUUGAACGUUGCAUGGCAGUCUGCAGACCUCUUAAGUUCCAACGAAGUGGAUUUCGGUACUGCUCAAGAUCUUUAAAAAUUUGUAGCAUUUUCUGGAUCUUAGGUAUGUCAUGGAAGGCGCAGUAUCUUGCAUUGUUACGUGCUCUGCCUGCUCAAAUUCCUUGGCCGCCUUCUGUUGAGGGCCGUUUUCCAAAAAUGCUUACGGCUUGUGUCAUUCGAGAUGAAAACAUUAAACUCUACCGUAUUCUGUUUUGGGUGGACCAAGUUCUCAUUUUUUUAAUACUCGUUGCCUUAGUGGUUCUAUAUACAGCGAUGCUGAUCUCAUUGCGAAAGUCACGUAAUAGCAAAUUCAUUUUAACCAGGACGGUAUAUAGGCCUAAAUCUAAACCAGAAAUGAAAGUUUUUCUGACAGCAUUUGUGACUGUCACUGUUUAUGUUUUGUGUAUGACACCAUUUAAGGUAUUUACAUUUCUGUACAUAAACGAUCUUACGAGAUACUUUUCAAUGGUAAAUAUCUUAACUCGUCUUAUGUGCUAUAUCAAUUCAGCUGUGAAUCCUUUCAUAUAUAAUGCAAUGAAUAGCACGUUCAGGCGAGCUUUUGGUGACGUAUUCUGCAGCAAAAAUAACACUAAAAACAGAACACAUCCACUAGCAAGUAAAAACACAACUACAAAGUUCAAAGAAUCACCAGCACCACACAAACAAAAAGUGUGUUUGAACGAUUAUAGAGAUGCAGAUUCUUUAAUAUUUUAAAACUAGGGGAACAAUGUGGAAAAAUUAUGGUUACGACCCCUUUUCCCCAGUUCUGAAAUAUUACAAAAUCUCUAUUCCGAGCUUUUCGUCAAAUAUUUUGUGUUUAAAAAAAAAUAGUUCUACAACAUAUCAUUUUCCCAUUAGAGUGUAGGUCAAAUUUUAAAAUGGAAAAUUAUGGAAUCGAUUGAGUGUCAACUUUGCCAAGUUACUGACGACCAUGAACACGUUUGUCUCAUGUGUUUUGGGAAGCAUUUUUCAAUCAAACGGAACUUGAAAGGUAUUCUUAUAGUGUAGAUUGAACUUUCAAAGUUCUAAAGAGAUUUUGAAAAUGAUCAUUGCUGGGUAUAGAGUUGGUGGCAAAAGCUCAAAUCUAAUAAAAUAUCUUGUAAUUGUUAGCUUUCUUAUGUAGGCCUAUUUAUAUGUUUCGAAUCAAAUAUUAUGCUGUUAAUACAAAGCCAAGUCUGUUUGAAAUUGAACUGAAGAGUCAAAUAAGUUAAUGGACUUCAUUGAAUAAAAAGAAAUAAUUUAUGGUGUAAGAUUAUUAAAACAGUACAUGUAUCAUUAUUUAUUUUGUUAACUUGUAAGUGGAAGAAUCUUUAAUAAAUGUGGCUUUACC